AUCACCUCUACUUCCGCUUCCGUCUCAUGCCCUCCCAGGGUAUCUGGUGCAAUUCCUGUUUGAAGAUCUGGACGUAAAAUUUUGGGGACCAUCAGCAAAUGUACCUUUAGCAAAGAAGACUAAAGCAAUUCCUAGGACAGCUAGCUAGUAGACCUGACAAGUUGUAUAGAAGGAAGAGGGGUAGGGUUGUCAGUGAGCAGUCCUGGAGGUAGAGAAGAGGGAAAGAACCACCCGAAUCUUCCUUGUUAACUUGCCUCCAAACUACUAACUGCCCGAAUCCCCCAUCUAGGCAAUGGAAGCCAUCCAGCCUGAUAAGCUUAGCCUAUUAAAUUAAAACUGCUCCUAAAGGCUUCCUUAGUGUUUUGAGAUCACCCAUGCCUUCUUUACUUCUUGCCAAAACCAUCAAGCACAACUAUAUCUAGCUUGCCCACUUCUUCCGUCUCUACUCCUCUUUUAGUUCCAGCAUCAUUUUCCUCUGGUCUCCAUGCUACUACAUACAGUUCACAGAAGCCAGGAGACUUUUUUACAACCACUUCUCAAUCCAUGCAAAGAUGCUUUUCCUGUUGGGAAUAAAGUGCCAGAGACUCGACUUCCUUCCUUUCUGCCUUGGAAAAGGAGGGGCCUUGGAGAGAAGAAGGGGCUUCUGGGCUAGGAAGAAAGGCUUCCUUGGGGAGAGGAAUUUGGCUGCUGGUGCCAGAGGAGCUGGAGUCACUCAGGUCCUGUGAACAGUGAGGGUGUGCCCAGCUCUGCAGGAGCAAGAAGGCCAUUCUCAAGGCCAAGGCUGUUUGUGGAGGAGGGAGAACUGGACACCGGUCAGAUCUGGGGCUAGGCAAGAACCUCGCUCCUCUUUCUCAGAGGGGCCAAAGGAACAUUCACUCUGCCUGAUCUACUCCAGGCACUCACCUCAUUCCUACCACAUAUCUCCAGCUCCUAAGGCAGACCAUGGACUCAGCAGCCAAGGACAAAAUACAGCCCACACUUCUUCCUGGGUCUGAGUGGCCAGAGCAGGAGAGGGCAGAACAGCUGGCUCGGGGUGCAGCACUCAAGUGGGCCUCGGGCAUCUUCUACCGGCCAGAGCAGCUGGCCAGGCUGGGCCAGUACCGAAGCCGGGAAGUGCAGCGUAACUAUUUCUUGGAAGCACGAAUUAAGUCAGUGGUGCAGUCGUACCUGGAAGGUGUGCAGACUGGUGUGUGGCAAUUGGCCCGAGCCCUUGAGGCUGUGCAGGGAACACGUGAAGCCCUAAGCCAGGCCCAUCACUUACUUCAGGGUUUGUCUCAAACCUCACAAACCCUGGCAUCCCUAAGGGAAUGUGUUGUCCAGCACAAGCAACUUCAGGUCCUGACUCAGUUGUUGCCAAGACUACAAGCAGUGCCAGCGGCAGUGGCCCACACACAGACCCUGAUUGAUGCUCAGCGAUUCUUGGAGGCAUAUGUGAGCCUACGGGAGCUCGAGCAACUGCAAGAGGAGACAUGGACACCCCUGGGAGGGCUGGAGUUGCCGAUCUUCCAGGGGCUGGGCCUUCUGGCUGAGGCACUGGGCCAAGCUGUGGAGACAGCUGCAGGGGCUGCAGGGCAACUAGCACGUGAGAAUCCAGCCCUGCUGGUAGCUGCUGUUCGUGUGGCAGAGGUGGAGACUGAGCGUACAAUCCUGGGGCAGGCGCCCCGAGACUGGCGGCAGCGAUGUCUUCGGGCACUACAGGAGGGCCUGGAGCGGGUCCAUUUUGCGUCACCUGUGCUGCCUGAGCCAGGGGCCCUAGCAGGGUGGCUUGAGGCUCUGCAAGUAGCUCUGCCUGCUGAGUUGGCAACAGCUGAGGCAUUAGUGGCGCCCUGCUGCCCACCAAACUACAAUGUGGUGCAGCUAUGGGCCCACACCCUGCACAGUGGCCUGCGCCGCAGUGUGCAGCAACUCCUCUCAGGGCCUGAGCUGGGAGCUGCUGACACCUUUGCCUUGCUGCACUGGGUGUUGCAUGUGUACAUGGGGAAGGAAAUGAUGGGAAACUUGGAACUGGGACCUGAGGCUGAUGUGUCCCAGCUAGAGCCCCUCCUGACCUCAGAGAACAUUGAGCAGCUGGAGGCAGCAUUUGUGACUCAAGUCCAGGGAAGUGUGGCUCAGUGGCUGCAGAAGGCACUAGAUGGGGAGGUAGCUGAGUGGAGCAGGGAGCAGGAGCCCAACACAGACCCAUCUGGUUUCUACCAUUCACCAAUGCCAGCCAUUGUACUGCAGAUCCUGGCUGAGAACAUUCAAGUGACCAGCCUGAUCAGUGACUCACUGCAUCGGCGGGUGCAUGACAUGGCACUGUCAGAACUGGGCACAUUCUUGAGGAGCUUCAGUGAUGCUCUGAUCCAGUUCUCUCGAGAUCAUCUGAGGGGAGAAGCCCCUCACUAUGUGCCCUACCUACUGGCUGCCUUCAACCACCAGUCAGCACUGAGCUCUUCGUUAUCUGUCCUGCUGCCCGACGGGGAAGCUUCAGGGGUCUUGGCUCCAGUAGAGGCCUCGCUGGACGACGUACAGAGGAGGCUCUGUCGUCUGGUAUUGGAAGCACUGCAGGUUGAACUCCAGCCCCUGUUCGCAUCUCUGCCCUCGCGCCGGUGGCUAUUGAGUUCUGAGUUGCUGGACGGUGUGUGUGAGCAGACGUCGCACUUCUGCCAGGAUUUCUGGCGUGUGCGGAAGCCUGCUGUUCAGCUGCUGCUGGCGGAGGCGGAACGAACCGUGGUGUUGCAAUACCUACGUGCGCUGAUGCAGGGCCGCCUAGUGUGCCGCAGUGCAGACGAGCGUACCCAAGCGGCUGAGCGCCUUCAGCACGACGCUACCCAACUUAAGGAGCUUUUCCUGGGUUUGGGCCUGGAGGAGAGCGCUCACUGCGCGCCGGUGCUGCUCGCGCUGAGGGAACUGCUCAACCUCCACGACCCCACGCUGCUUGGCCUCGAGGUGGCAGGCCUGAGGCAAAAAUUUCCCGACGUGAGCGAGGAUCAUGUCUCCGCCCUCUUGGACCUGCGCGGGGACGUGUCCCGAGAGCAUCGCCAGGCAGCACUCAGCUCCCUGCAGGCUGGCCCACCGCCCUCACCUUCCACUGGCCGCCGAGCACUCUUCAGUCUCGUGCCGACGCCUACGCCCUCCCUGUCCUCCUGCCUCCCCUCGGGUCCCUGCUCCUGACCCACCUGUCUGCGUAAUAAAGCCACGUCCACCGCG